UCAGAACUUGUCACAAUUGAUGAAGAAAAUGGCCCUGUUACCGGUGUCAAAUGGGCUCCCGAUGGACGGCACAUUGCUGUUGGCCUGAACAACUCGGAGGUUCAGAUAUGGGAUUCGACAGCAGCUAGACAGUGCAGCUGAGAACUUUGAGAGGCAUUCAUGGGUCACGAGUUGGUGCUUUGGACUGGAACAAUCACAUUUUGACUACUGGUGGCAUGGAUGGUCAGAUCAUUAACAAUGAUGUUAGAGUGAGGGCACACAUUGUUGAAACUUAUAGAGGACAUACUCAAGAAGUUUGUGGACUUAAAUGGUCAGCCUCGGGUUCACAGCUAGCAAGUGGUGGAAAUGAUGAUCUACUCCACAUAUGGGACAGUUCCAUGGCUUCAUCUAAUUCUCCAACACAGUGGCUGCACAGGCUCGAGGAACAUACUGCUGCUGUCAAAGCUCUUGCCUGGUGUCCUUUCCAGGGUAAUUUACUGGCCUCUGGUGGAGGUGGAAGUGACCAGCGCAUAAAAUUCUGGAACACGCACUCUGGUGUGUGCUUGAACUCGGUUGACACUAGCUCACAAAUUUGUGCUUUAUUGUGGAGUAACAAUGAGCGUGAAAUGCUUAGCUCUCACGGGUUUACAGAAAAUCAGCUCACUCUCUGGAAAUACCCCUCCAUGGUGAAAAUAGCUGAGCUCACUGGGCAUACAUCAAGAGUUCUUUUUAUGGUUCAGAGCCCGGAUGGAUGCACAGUUGCAUCAGCAGCAGGAGAUGAAACUCUGAGGUUUUGGAAUGUUUUUCGGAUGCCUAAAGUGGCAAAACCUGCAUCCAAGACAAAUUCCGAGCCAUUUGGUCACUGGAACAUUCGAUGAUUGUUGGCAUGAGAAAGCAAAGCAGAUUCUUUACUGCAUGAAAUUCUAAGAUCGAAGAAAACAAAAAUGAUUAACAAGUCCAUAGGGGGUUUCUACUGACAAUUGGGUUUCUGCAAUUCCACCCCGACAGUGCCUUUUUUUCUAAUGCCUUCGUAUUUUCUCAUGCGAAGUUCAGUUACACUGCGUAUUGUCUUUUAAGCUACACAUGUCCAUAGGUACAAAUUAUUGACAAUACGACUGAAAAUCAACUUCUGGAAAGACAGAAAGCAAGUCCACCAAAGAUGCACAAAACAAAGUUGCAGAAGCUAGAAACUUUUUUUGAAACGUCUCCAGGGAACUGGUGAUGCAGUUAUGUUACACUCACAAAAUAAGAGCAGCCUCAGACAGCUGGAGUUAACAUUCACUCUGUGCGACUAAUUGAGGAACAUAGAGGUGUUAGAGGCUUGGGCCAAUCAAAGAGAAGCUGCUGGUUUAAGGGCUAGCUUGAAUACAUUGAUGUUCGAAAUACAACGCUCACAUCAAUUAUCUGCUGAGAGGAAAGGAAGAUGAAAAUUUCUAGUUCGUGAUCUGAGGCGAUGAAGAUAUUAGUGCAUCAAGGCAUAAUAGGGUUAUAUCUUGAAAUGUAUGCUGAAUUAAGCAACAAAAAUUUGAGAACUAUGGUGAAAAUUGCUCAAACUUUGGAAAAUAAGAUUUUAGUAGAUUUUCAUAAAAAUUGAUAAAAUAUGUAGUUGAAAAAUUGCAAAUCCUA